AUGGAGAAAAUUUCGAUUCUUGGUUUCAUUUUAGCUAUUCUCUAUUUCAUAACAACAGAACUUGCAUGUAAUGGUCAUACCCGUAUCGACAACAAUGUUCAAUAUGAACAAAAGGCUCUUAUCGACUUCAAAAGUGGUCUCAAAGAUCCCAACAAUCGGCUUUCAUCAUGGAAAGGAAGCAAUUAUUGCUACUGGCAAGGAAUUAGUUGCGAAAAUGGCACAGGAUUUGUCAUUUCAAUUGAUCUUCAUAACCCUUAUCCUCGUGAGAAUGUAUAUGAGAACUGGAGCUCUAUGAACUUGAGUGGAGAAAUUAGUCCUUCAUUGAUAAAACUCAAGUCUUUGAAAUAUCUAGAUUUGAGUUUCAACUCAUUCAAAGCCAUGCCAGUUCCUCAAUUCUUUGGGUAUCUGAAGAAUUUAAUAUAUCUAAACUUAUCGAGUGCUGGGUUUAGUGGAUCAAUUCCUUCAAAUUUAAGGAAUCUUUCUAGCUUGCAAUAUCUCGAUCUUUCUUCUGAGUAUCUUGACGAUAUUGAUUCUGAAUAUUUUAAUAAUUUAUUUGUUGAAAAUAUUGAAUGGGUGAUUGGCCUUGUUUCCUUGAAGUAUCUUGGUAUGAAUUAUGUUAACCUUUCAUUGGUAGGAAGUCGGUGGGUUGAGGUGGCAAACAAGCUUCCAAGUUUAACUGAGUUGCAUCUAGGUGGUUGUAGCCUCUCUGGCUCAUUUCCAUCCCCAAGCUUUGUUAAUCUUACUUCACUUGCUGUUAUAGCUAUCAACUCGAACCACUUCAAUUCCAAGUUUCCUAAAUGGCUUUUAAAUGUUAGCAACCUUGUAUCCAUUGAUAUAAGUGACAAUCAAUUGCAUGGGAGAAUUCCACUUGGUCUUGGUGAGCUACCCAAUUUGCAAUACUUAGAUCUAUCUUGGAAUUUCAAUCUCAGGCGCAGUAUCUCUCAACUAUUGAGGAAGAGUUGGAAAAAGAUAGAAGUUCUAAAUUUGGCUUAUAAUGAAUUACAUGGUUCAAUUCCAAGCUCCAUUGGAAACUUUUGCAACUUAAAAUAUCUGGAUUUGAGAGAUAAUCUCUUGAAUGGAAGUUUACCUGAGAUUAUCAAAGGACUUGAAACCUGCAGUUCUAAAAGUCCUUUGCCUAAUUUGAUGAAAUUAUACUUGUACUACAAUCAAUUGAUGGGAAAAUUGCCGAACUGGUUGGGUGAGCUUAAAAAUCUUAGGGACAUUGCAACACCUGGAGUAUAUCUGAAUCUUGGAUUGAAUGAGAUGAAUGGAAGUCUCCCAGAUAGUAUUGGACAACUUUCUCAACUGCAAGGCUUGGAUGUUUCUUCCAAUCAUUUGAGUGGAAGUCUCCCAGAUAGUAUUGGACAACUUUCUCAACUGCGAGUCUUGGAUGUUUCUUCCAAUCGUUUGAGUGGAAGUCUCUCUGAACAACAUUUUUGGAAUCUGAGCUUGGAAGUUCUUGAUCUUAGUUACAACAAAUUGUUGGGUGAGGUUCCUGCAUGGAUUGGAGCUGCUUUCGUAAAUCUGGUAAUACUCAACUUGAGGUCGAAUGUGUUUUGUGGAAGACUUCCCUCCCAGCUUUCAAAUUUAAGCUCCUUGCAUGUCUUAGACAUUGCACAAAACAAUCUGAUGGGUAAAAUUCCAAUCACUUUGGUUGAGCUUAAAGCCAUGGCUCAAGAGCAAUUGAUUAUAUAUGGGUUAAAUGACGACUCCUUGUAUGAAGAACGAUUGGUUGUGAUUGCCAAAGGCCAAAGUCUUGAAUAUACCAAGACUCUUUCUCUUGUUGUAGGCAUUGACCUAUCCGACAAUAAUUUAAGUGGAGAGUUUCCCCAAGAAAUAACAAAAUUGUUUGGUUUGGUGGUUUUGAACUUGUCGAGGAAUCACAUCACUGGCCAAAUUCCUGAAAACAUUUCAAUGUUGCGACAAUUGUCAUCUCUUGAUUUGUCAAGCAAUAAGCUUUCCAGCACCAUUCCUUCAAGCAUGGCCUCAUUGUCAUUCUUGAGUUUUUUGAAUCUAUCAAAUAACAAUUUCUAUGGUGAGAUCCCCUUUAUAGGGCAUAUGAUAACCUUCCCCGAGCUGGCCUUUGUGGGAAACCCUGAUCUAUGUGGAGCUCCAUUGGCCACAAAAUGCCAGGAUGAAGAUCCAAAUAAAAGGCAAAGUGUUGUUAGUGACAAAAAUGAUGGUGGCUAUGUUGAUCAAUGGUUUUGCUUGAGCAUUGGCUUGGGAUUUGCCAUGGGCAUCCUAGUUCCAUUUUUUGUUUUGGCAACAAGGAAAUCUUGGUGUGAGGCCUAUUUUGAUUUUGUAGAUGAAAUUGUCAGAUGGUUGUUGAGAGGAAGAGCAACCUAUGCCAAAAAUCAUCCUAGAAGGCGAUAA